AAAUCUUUCAAUUAGUUAUAUUCCGAUGAACGCCCCAAAUGUUCGAAGAUUCUGCUGGUUUUGAGGGGGACUCAGCGGCCAACUUAAAUGAACGGCUCUGGUUUCGCAACUGUAGGUUGGAAGUGAGGCCUGCUGGUCGGGCUUUCACCGGGCUAGAGUCAAGCCUGACGCCUGCUCUGACAGCUUAGAGGGCCGCUACCCACGCUGCUCUCCCGGGGGCCGAGGAUCAUAGAAAUGGAACGAAUGGAAGUGGACCAGUGCGCCGGCGCAGCUGCUGGGAGCGGGGCUCUUCGUAGAUCGAACAGCGCCCCCAUGAUCACUAGUGUCAGUGAUGGCAUGACAGUGUUUAGUCCAACAAGUUCAGCCCGGUAUCGACGGAGCAGUGUGUCAGUCAACCCCAGCUGCCCUUCUGGGGCCACUCCCCUCUCUCCGUUCUCAUUGGGCAGCGAGAGACCAGACCUCAAAAGGCAGGAGAACAUGGAGAUGACACUCAGGGGAAGUCUGCAGAGACUGAGUGCUUCCAACCUGACACACCUCCCACCUGUCAGUCAUUGGCACAACCACGCAGGGGGCUUCCAUUUGCAGGACAGUGGCGUCACGCCUAACUCCUCCCCCAGUCCAACGAGGAGGUUCAGGCCACAGAGUUCCACUGUGAGAUGGCCUGCACUGACACCCUUGAAGAGGAAAGGAGGGGUGGAGUCUGAUGGCCCGCCCAAGAAACUGUUUAUUGCCGGGGUGACAGACCCCACUCACAGCACCAGUUACACAGUCAGUGUUUCUCAGGCAUCAGACUCUCCUUCUGGGGGCGUGUCCGUGUGUGCGACCACUCAGGAAAGCCCCCUGGCCCUGUCCCCGCCCCCUUCCUUCACCCCCCACCAUCCGGGCAUCUAGUCAACCAGCCUAUCACGGUCCACAGGCCCGGUACUCCAGCCAAUCAGGGCCACUCAUCCCUCUCAACCAACCUUCCAGAUUCCCAAGUCCAUAUUGGACGCAACCCCAGUAAGCCUAUCAGAACCCAGGGUUCUGUGAAAUUCCACCGACAGGAAGCGGAAACCAGACAAUCAGAACUCUGGGUUCCAUCCAGAGUUGGUGCACAUCGCGUUUUCCUUUUGCGCUCGAUUUAUCAAGAGCUCUCGGGGGAACAAAUCUGAUUUUGCAUCGCCCGAGCCAAUCAGAUCUUGAGUUGUAAUCAAGACGUAUUGUAGAAGUUGUACAGAGAAACACACAGCUACGCUUCGCCCAAUCAGAGGGCUUCCUCUGACACACCUCGCCAGGAAGCAGGGAGGAGUUGUGUAGCGUUGUCAAGGAGAUGACGGGAAUAACAAACCGCUAGCGUUCAAGUAACUUCUGGACAAACGCACUUCCUUGUCGCCGGCAUGUGGGGUUGUUGUACACACACCUGCAGCUCACACCUGCAGUGUUACACAAAACAACGCAGGAAGUGUGGUCAUGGAUGCACUGCGAGAUCUGAACCUCUCGCAGGAAGUGAGGUCACGGACGCACUGUGAGAUCUUUCACGUACUCCAUCCUGGGCUGAAGCUGUCGCCCUGCCACAAGCACACCAGAGACACCAGCCUCUGUCAGAGAGCUGAGGUUCUAUUCUCCACAUCGAGUCAUCGAGUUCUCUCCAUAUCGUUGCUCUUAACAUCCAGAGGUGUACCACUGAUGGAGUAUAUCAGUGAGUGUUCUUCCAUUUUGUCCAGAAGUUACCUUUCAGACGCCAGACACGAAGACCCACUAACCUUGGGCUGCCUGCUGAGGGUGCCUCCUAGUGUUUAUAUGUGUACAGUGCAUUAAUAAGAUACCCAGACGUGAGUCCCACUGGUUGCUAGGGCGCUUAAUUAUCUUAACCCCCUGCGGGGUUGUACAGCAGAUAUGUAUAAGAGCUCUGGAUAAGAGCGUCUGCUAAAUGACUAAAUGUUAAUAUGUCCACGUCCUAAACCAACCCCUAGAAGCUCCACCUAGAGAUCUUGUCCAUCGGUCCACCUACUCGGUUUUUCAAGAUCCAAUCACUUUUGACGGGUGUGAGUAGCCGUGUGGCAGCAUUUCAAAUCAGCCAAUCGGAAAGAAGGUUAGCCGUUCCCAUGUUGGGGGUGCUCCAAUCGGAUCUUCUCUCAGAUCUCCAGAAGCGCAUAGGGGGCGGAGUUAAAGGGUUGGGUUGUGGAUCAUGUGUUUUAAUCCCCUGGGUGAAGCUCUUCUAAGGGGACCACCAGUGGCGUGUUCAGGGAGUGGCCUAGGGUGGCACGGGCCACCCUUGAAAUCUGAUUGGCCACCCCAAUAUCUUAAAAUAUGAUUGGCUAUAUGCCCAGUCAGAGGCGGGCCACCCCUUGUGCCACCCCUAUCAAAAAUGUCUGGACACGCCGCUGGGGACCAUACAGGCUCCCCUGGUGUUACUGUCUCUGACUGAACUGUUGGUCCACGUGUGUGGUCUCCCUCCUGACUGACGUCAGUUUCAGCCGCACCAGGGAAGCUCCAAGUGUGUCACUGCAUUUUGACGAUGGUGCAUGUGUGUGUGGGUGUGUGUGUGUGCGAAUGUGUGAACGUGUGUGUGUUUAUGUGUUCUGUGGAGAACUGAUGUUGUCAGACCUGAAGACCAGAAAUUAGGAUUUUGGUCCUCCUGGUAGUGUUGUGUACCCUUACUCCUGUAUGGGUACUUCAGAAGAGAGAUGCAGGAAGGAGAGACACCUAGAAUCUACCCACAGAUUACAUCUAAACAUCCUUUGUUUUCUGUAACUUGUCAUGGUUGUUCACUCUCAGGACUUCUGUAGAUUUUAUGAAAUACAUUUGUGUUUAAGGAAUUAUAGAGCAUCAUAUGUGUUUUGUCUGUUACCUAUGGGGUGGUUUUAGACAAGCUGUCCUUGUUCCUUUCAGACCUUCAACUUGUGAAUGAUGUACAAAGUCUAUAUAAGCUGCUUAAGAGAAGUGUCUUAUUCGAGAAAAAAAAACUAAACGUCAAUCACAGUAGUGUGACUAUGUAAUAUUAAUUAAUUAUAAUUUGGGUAAGUUCAGAAACGGCCCCAAAAAAAAGAAUCCAAAAUAUUUUCUGGAUGUUGAACUUCCAAUUUAAUGAUUUUUGCACAGUAUUUGUUUCAUAUUAUUAAUCACUAUUGCUGUUACAUGAAUGGGUUCAUAUCCCGAAUUUAAGACGUUGCGAUUGCUUGUUUGUUUUGUUUGGUUGUUUCUUAAUUUUGAAACUGGUUAUAAUGUCUAGCUUUCCUGUAACUGAAAAGAGGAUAGAUCUGUACUCGGAUCAGAGUAAUUCCUGGAGGGGUUUGAUGAAUUCAUGUUCCCUAUUUCUAGUGACAAUCAGUCAGUUUUGAAUGUAAAUAAAGUGUAUGUUUUUUUUUUGUAUCCCUAUAAGUUGUUGUUAUAAACAAAACAACAUGGGGGGAAGAGUAGCUUAUUAAUUACUGUGAGCGUAUAAAUAUAUCCAUUGUUGUGAUGUUCACUGUGAACAUUGUCAGAGUUCCAUUUCUCUCCAGGAAAUAUUCAGACCCGGAUUUAGAUGGGAUCUACCCACAUAUGUUGCCAAACCCAAGUGAUUUAUUUUAAGUUGUCAUACAGACAUUCAUGGGCUGUAGCUUUAAUUCAGACACAUGUAUUGCUUACUCUUUCGUAAGUAUGGAGAGCGCCUGUUUGUAGAGUCAACACAGUCAACAUCAGUAGACAAUGAUCUUAACCUCAUAUCUGAUCCCCGUCCAUGUGAAGUUAGCCUUACAUCGAUCUGUGAGUUACGCUUUGCUUUUAUAAGGCAUUGACAUUAGGUGGUUGUGGAUGUCCCUAAACCCUCCUUGUAGCGGUUAACCUCCAGAGGAACACAACACAAACAUUGGCGUUGGAGAUGAUCUGAAGCCAAAUAGAGAUGCGAUCAAGUUCUGCUGAGGUUUGUUGUGGUUGACUUCCAGGCCUCUCCUGCCUUCAGCAGGGUGCAGGUGUGCUGUCGUAGAGGAAGAGCACUGUCCAGGAGAUAGAACUAGGAGACGACCUAAGAAAAGGAACUAGGAAGUGACCGAGGAGAUAAGAGCCAAGAGAUGGGAGUAAGAAGACCGGUUGUAGUUAGUGAAUGAGGGCCGUCUCUAUUCCAACCAUCCACAGAAUGUUGUGUUCAGUCAGGCACGCUUGACCUGCAUUGUCAUUUAUAAUAUUUUCUUUUCCAUAGUUUUUCCUGUUAUUCUUUCAAAUAUCACGUGAAAACAUUUGACUGGCCACAAUAUUGAAUGUGACUUGUUUUUCUUCUUCCAAAAACAUGUCAGUGUUAUUGAGGCCACACUUCCUGGUUUCCCAGCUGGCAACCAAUAGAGAAAGGAGGAACAGGAAAGAGAAAGUAUAGGAUAUAUUAGUGAGUUUGUGGCGCGAAAGGAGAGUGAGGUGCGAAAGGGAACUGAAAAGCACAUCUACCAGAACAUUCAGACAAGUAUCUUCAAACUGUAAAUAGCUUUUCGACAAAAGUCUCGAAACAAAAAGAGAUGUAUUUUUAUGGAACUGUAAAAGAGAGAUAAAUAAAAUACUAUAUUCAUUCA